AACCACAAUGUGCGUGCUAUCAUUCAUCUUCCCUUGAGACUCGAACCUUUCUCUGUGACCUAACUUGUCUGAGAGCAGAUAUGCCUGGCCAGCAAGGAUACUUCGCACAGCCGAACACAGGCCUACAAUUCUUCCCUCAAGGGCAACAGGCUGGUGUUCAACCCCAAGUCAUUCCCGCACAGACGGUCGUUCAGACCCAAAAGCCCUUUCAAUUCCAGCCCCCACUUUUUCAACCACAACCCCAAAUGCAACCGCAACCGCAACCGCAACCACAUCCACAGCCUGGCCCGUCGUUAGCCCAGCGGGUUGCCACUCCGUUCCAUCCUGGAAUGACCAGCAAUCUGCAACCACCACAUGUUGCUGCGGGCAAUCCAUUGCCUCAGCCACCGUAUUACAACCUUCCAGGCAUGCCCACCCCUUUGCCCCCUCCACCACAAGGUGUCUAUGGUCCUCCGGGGCCUCGGCCCCGUACUCCUCUUCGCAAUCCUCUGCCGGAUCCGCCCAGAGACCUUUACGAGUUGGAACCGUAUCGCACAUUGACCAAGGACCUCCAAAGCCUCUGGGCAUACCCUUGGCGAACAGAACAGCUCGAUGCUGACGGUGCACGAUCAGGGCACCAACGCUCCCGCUCAGAUGGCGGAGGGGGUUUAUUCAGCUCCUGGGGGCGUUCAAAGAGCAAGGAGAAGAAGCCGAAGAAGAAUAGCAAGCGCGGAGGGCUCUUCCGCUCUAUGACAACGGGCGGAAGCGCCGGACAGGCUCCUAUACCCACGAGGGGACGCCAACGCCGACCUGAUAUACCGCGAUCGCUCAUGGCACUGAUUAGCGGCGCAGAAAAUCAGGUUGGAACUGACGCGCAGGUGUACGUCAUGACCACGCCAGGUCCAGGCGCUAGUGCUCAGCCUGCCGGUGCUGCGACGGCCUCGCCCGUCGCUGGUAUGAACCUUCAGAACACCGCGGCAUCGGGAGGAACCCCGGGUGCCAACCCUGCACUCUCGCCUAUGACGUUGUUCCGCUCGCCCGGGCCUGCGCGUACCCCGCUGAUGCCUGCGUCAGCUCAGCCCACUCCGGGCCCCUACAGCCCGGCGCUCGGAGGGAUGCAGCAAUUCGGAAUGCCACAACCGCAGACGGACGAACGGCCCAUCACCUUCUCAUCGCAAGACGCGCCCGAGUACUCCGGGUUCUUACUUUCCUCUCCGCAUCGCAUCCUGUAUAAGGACGUGCUGUGGCCGACUGCGUAUCACCUUCUCGAAGCCAUGCGGUUCAUGCACGAUAGUGGGGAUCCCGCUCCGCUGAAGGAGCUUCAGGAAAGGGUCCGGCUGUGUCAAACCAUCGGCGAGGUGCAGGCGUUUGUGACGGGCGGAGCGCAGUGGCAGCGGCCUGACUGGAACGACGUCGUCAUGGACAAGGUCGAUGAAGUGCUUUACCUUAAAUUUACUCAACAUCCGGAACUCGGUAAUCUCCUGCUGAGCACCGGGAACCGUGAGCUUGUUUACACAGAGUUCUCCGAUGGUUUUUGGAGUGCCGGCGCACAGACGGCGAAUCGGCUUGGCUUAGCGCUCAUGCGUGUCCGCGAGCGAAUGCGCAACUAGAUGAAUGCCAACAACAACCCUGGAGGCAGGCGAAGUAUCCAUGAUACCAGCGAAGACGAUAAGCCAGCGUUUAUGUUGUUGCACGAAGUCUCAUGAAACUUUAGGAUUAAUAUGUUCAUGAUUGUCUAUGUAUUUUUCGGCAGUGUGCUUAUGCCCUGUGUUUGUCGGUGUGCUUUGUGCUUUCAUAGAUGCUCUUAAUGUGUUGAGUUCAGCG